AUGGCGGUCACCCUGGGCAAGCGCAAGCGGCGCGCAUAUGUGCGUUCUGAGGAGCCGCGCCAGAGGGAACGGAGCAGGAGCGACUCGGAGGACGAUGAGACUGCCAGAGCGCUUUUUCAGCGUGCUUUUGAGGCGAAGUUCAGACCUUUGGAGUUGUCGAAAAAGACAGAAUCGAGGGAUGAAGAUGACGAGUCCGACGAUUUGGAUGAUGAUGAGGGCCUGGAAUCGGACUGGAGUGGGCUUUCCGAAGAUGAAGAUGCUGUCGAAGUUGUAGAGCUUUCACAGCCCAAUGUCGAUGCAGAGGAUGGUGGUGACUUUGGGAAGAAAGCAUUCAUGUCGUCGAAACCGCCCGCGAUUGAUGAAAUCUUCAGCAAAGCAACCCGAAAACCCAGCAAGGAGGCGACCUCAGGACAGACUGGCACCGAAUCCGCAAAUCUCAAGAACGACCUGGCACUCCAACGACUUCUGAAGGAAUCCCAUCUCCUGGACCCAUCCUCUUUUAGCAAGACCGCCUCCACGCCUGAAGGUAAAGGCCGCCUGAAAGCGCUGGACAUGCGAUUACAGGAUCUCGGCGCGAAGUCUUCAGCCCUAGAGCAGGAGAAGAUGCCACUAUCUCACCGCAAAGGUAUCACUUCGAAAAGCGCCAACCGCGAAGCGAGUCGGAGGAAGGAAGCCGUGGAGAAUGGUGUCAUUUUGGAGAAGCAGAAGUUUGUUGCAAAGUCGACGAAGAAACGGGAUCGAGGUAUUGGCGGGCCUGAGAUCGGCAAGUUUCGAGGCGGAACUCUGAAGUUGAGUUCUAAGGACGUGAGGAACAUUGAGAGGUCGGGAGGGAAGGGGAAGGGAGGGAAGGGAGGCAAGAGAUGA